ACGCUUUACGUAGGGCGCUGUUGAAGGGAACAGGGAGGGAUUUGGGAUUGGUUCAGGAUCUGUGCUGGAUUCGUGCUGGAGGUUCGGCGGUUUUCCGGCGGUUUUUCGGUAGCACAGCAGCCGCAGUGAGGACGUUAUACAUGUUAAUAAGAGGCAGGUUGUAAUGAUGGCGGAGGAUGUGGAUAAAACAGCGCCGUUACAGGAGGAAGACGAGGAGAAUGCAGUAAAUAAUCACGGUACCGGACGCACGCGCCGCAUCUGGGCUUUAUUCAUGAUCGCGUGCGCUCCGGUCAUCGGUGCCGUGAUUCAGUACGUCAGGAACACGCAGAUAUCCGAGCGUCACGAAGCAGCACUGAAGACAUUAGGAGCAGAAGGACUUUUCCUCUUCUCGUCUCUAGAUGUGGAUCACGACCUCCACCUCAGUCCUGACGAGUUUAAACCCAUCGCUGAGAAACUCACAGGCGUCGCUCCUCCUGCCGAGUUCGAAGAAGAGUUCGUCGCCGACCCGAACGGAGAGACGCUCACGCUUCACGCAGCCAUGCAGCCGCUCCUGCUCCAGACCAUGACCAAGAGCAAGGACGGAUUUCUCGGGGUUUCCCGCAGCGCGCUGAACGGCCUGCGCUCCUGGAAGCGUCCCGCCGUUCCGUCCUCUGGCUUCUCGGCUGCUCAGUUCCGGAUCUUUCUGCCCCCGAAGGGUAAAGGGGAGCUGGGGGACACCUGGUGGAUCAUCCCGAGCGAUCUGAACAUCUUCACUGGAUAUCUGCCCAACAAUCGGUACCACCCACCCACCCCCCGCGGCAAAGAGGUUCUGAUCCACACCCUGCUCAGCAUGUUUCACCCUCGGCCGUUCGUCAAAUCCCGCUUCGCUCCUCAGGGAGCCAUCGCCUGCGUACGAGCCGUCAGCGACUUUUACUACGACGUCGUGUUCAGGAUCCACGCCGAGUUCCAGCUGAACGACGUCCCCGAUUUCCCGUUCUGGUUCACGCCGGGGCAGUUCGCCGGCCACGUCGUGCUCUCCAAAGACGCUUCUCAUGUCCGAGACUUCCAUCUGUAUGUCCCUAACGACAAGUCUCUCAACGUCGACAUGGAGUGGCUGUACGGCGCCAGCGAGAGCAGUAGCAUGGAGGUGGACAUCGGCUACCUGCCGCAGAUGGAGUUGCGGGCGGCCGGUCCGUCUACGCCCUCCGUGAUCUACGACGAGCAGGGGAACGUGAUUGACAGCCAGGCGGAGGGAGGAGAACCCAUCCACUUUGUGUUCGAGGAGAUCCACUGGAGCUCCGAGAUCAGCCGAGACGAGGCAGCCGGUCGCCUCGAGGUCACCUUUUAUCCUUUCAAAAAGGUGCCGUACCUGCCGUUCCCAGAAGCCUUCAGCAGGGCAGAAGCAGAAGGGAAACUGGUUCACUCCAUCCUGCUGUGGGGAGCGCUGGACGAUCAGUCCUGCUGAGGUUCGGGGCGAACUCUCCGGGAGACAGUUCUGGAAAGUUCGCCCGUCUUGACGCUGCUCAAUCAGAGCUUCAUCAGCAGCUGGUCUCUGGUCAAAGAGCUGGAGGACCUGCAGGCCGACGAGAAGAAUCCGGAUUUGAGUCAGAAGGCGCGUUUACACCUGGAGCAGUACAGCUUCCCUGUGGAGAUGAUGGUGGUGUUGCCUAACGGGACCGUGGUUCACCACAUCAACGCUAACAACUUCCUAGACCAGACGUCCGUGAAGCCGGAGGAGGACGAGUUGGGGAUGAGGUUCAGCUUCGCGGGUGGGUUUGAGGAUCCGUCCACGUCCACGUACAUCCGCUUCCUGAUGGAGGGACUGGACAAAGCCAAAACUUACCUCUAAUCAUCAUCAUCAUCAUCAUCAUCAUCAUCAUAACAAACAACUCAUCCAAGUCUCACAUCACACACAAAUUUUCUGGAUCUUGUGCUGCACUGAAUCCUGGGAGUUUUCUCUCCUGUCUUGUAGCAAGUGACUGCAGAUUUUUCUACACUUGAUUUUAUGAGCUGGGGUUAAUCCUAGUGUGCUGGUUAUUAGGAAAUUUUAUACAAUACGUCCUUUAAAAAAAAAAAACGACACGAUGAUUAUGUAGCUAAAAAGUAACUGAAGCUAAAUAACAGAAAACAAAGACUUUUAGCUGAACUGUUGCUUCAAGUCUUUUGUCUUUCGGCCUUCAGCCUCAGCAGAUCGUGUAACGAAACCGUGAAGUUCACGCUAGUUUGAAGUAGGAGGUCAGACUUUAUUACUCGCCCCCGUCGGACAAGACGGCGUGCGAGCGUCGGAUCAAAUCGUAGAACGCGCUCGGAGAACGUCGGCGUCUUCCGCCUUAGCCGGCUUCGUCACACCUCGCCAUAAAUGUCAUAGAAAAAUAUUUGGAAAAUCUUUACAAUGCUGGAGUUAAAAUAGCUAAAAGACACGGUUGUCAUUUUGGGGGUGUUAAUGUAUUUUUUAAAAAAAAAAAAAACAACAACAAAAAAAACAGGUGUGUCAAAGGACAACGGUUUUUCACUCAGGGGUGAUGGGACUUUCCAGAAUGCCAUAUAUGGUACACGUGUGUGUGCGUGUAUGUGUGUGUGUGGGUGUCCUUGGAUGGAACAGUUUGUGAUGGCCUGCUCUGAAAGCUUGCACUAGUUGGACCAGGCCUGAUGUCUUUGUUCCAGUCCAGAUACACACACACACACACACACACACACACACACACACAGUACAAUAACACAAACACACCCAGCCAUACCGCGUUGUUGAAUACACACAGAACUCAGCAGAUCAGUGGAUCGUCUCAUCUCGUGUUCACGAUCAGUAUUAAUCUAUGCAAAAUGAUGUCCCUGAGAAUUAAACCCAGUGUUUUACACACACACACACACACACACACACACACA